AUGAAGUAUUUUAUUUUACAAUUUUCACUUUUAUGUUCUUUAAUUUUAAAUGCUUAUUCAUCAGGUGGUGCUGAAAAACUUUUAUCUUCUAUUUGUAAAAGAAAACCAAAUUUAUCGUAUUGUUUAACUCAUUCAACUACCACAACAACAACAACUAGAAUUCCACAAGCAGCGAGAAAAAUUUUUACUAGUAGUACUACUAAAGCUACCACUACUACUACUAAAAAUGUUGGAGGAAAAAAAAAUGAUUUAGUUCCAUUUCCAUUUGGUUUAGAUAAUAGAAAAAAAACUACUCAACAACCAAAAAUUGAUCCAAAAGUAUUGAAAGAAUUAGAAGAAGUUAAACAGGUAAAACAUAGUCAAUUUCAACACACCAAUCAUUGGGGAUUUAAUGAAGCUGAGGCAAAAAAAGCAUUUAACUUUUUUAUGGCACGUGAAGAAGCUAUCAAAAGAAAAAUAGAGGAAGAAAAAAAAAAGUCUACAAAGACAGUUUCUCCUAAGAUUUAUGAUUCUAAAACAGAAUCCUUAGAAUCUUCAUUAGAUAUUAGCGAUAAUAAAAAAUUGGCCUUGAUAAAUGAAAAUGGAGAAGAAAAGAUAAAUAAUAAAGUAAAUAAUGACCUUGAUCCGUUUAGUGAAAUUGAAACUAGACCUGAUACAGAUAAAUCAAACUCCCAAUCGUUUCUUCAACAAAAAGCUAAAUUUGUUAAUAAUAUUAAUAUUAAUAAAAAUAAAUUACCUACUCCAUUACCAUCAACUGGAUUAGGUGUAGUGGAAAGAAAUGGUUUAUUAAAAGAUUUAGGUGAUAUGGUUAAUAUAAAUUGGGGAAUUGGUGUUCCAGUCACUGGAAAUGAUCCUGUUCGUGUUGGUGGUCAAUUUGGUGUUGGUUUUGGAAAGAGUGGUUCAGCUGGUGGUAUGCCAGAAAUUAUCCAAAUACCUAGACAAGGAUGGAAAUAUAGUUUAAAUGAUUAUGAUGGUUGGGGCAUGCCUGUUAUACCUAAUAGAGCAUAUAAAUAUUGGAAAAAAGUUUAUAAUAUUGAGUCAAGUGAAGAAAAAAAUAUAGAAGAAACAACAGAAAUGCCUCAAUCACCUUUUCAUUAG